GUCCUGUCAAUCACUCCGGAGGGGGUGUGUUCUGACAGGAGUUAGUUGGUCGCAGAAGAAACAGACGCUAAAGCAAAAAUGUCUUCAGUGCCUGAUGGAAAGAAGCUGGUCCGGAGCCCCAGCGGCCUCCGCAUGCUGCCGGAAAACGGCGCCUUCAACAGCCCCUUCUCCCUGGACGAGCCGCAGUGGGUCCCGGAUAAAGAGUGUCCGAGGUGUAUGCAGUGCGACACCAAGUUCGACUUCAUCAGGAGAAAGCACCACUGUCGGCGGUGCGGCCGGUGUUUCUGUGAUAAGUGCUGCAGUAAGAAGGUGGCGCUGCCCCGCAUGUGUUUCGUCGAUCCGGUGCGGCAGUGCGCCGAGUGCAGCCUGGUCUCCCAGAAAGAGAUGGAGUUCUACGACAAGCAGCUCAAAGUGCUUCUGGCAGGCGGCACCUUCGUCGUCACUUUGGGAUCGUCAGAGAAGUCUGAAACCAUGACGUGUCGCCUCUCCAACAACCACAGGUAUCUGUUCCUGGACGGUGAAAGCCACUUCGAGGUGGAGCUGUCUCGGAUCUCCAGCAUGCAGAUUCUGACAGACGGGACGAGUCCAGGAGAGAAUGACAUUCACACUUACACCAGUCUGCUGGACAGUCACUAUAUCUCUGAAGGCGGGACGUCUCGGGCCAGCGGCAUGCUGCUCCAUUACAAGCCGAUGGGCUCUCAGGACGCCCAGCAGCUCCGCAUGGAGGCAGCAGACGACAAGAAGGUGGCGUCGUUAUGGCUCGCUGCGAUGCACAAGGCGGCCAAACUGCUGUACGAAGCUCGGGACCAGUGAUGUGACUGAACCUCCAGGCAGCACACACCCAAGUGUUUUGUCCCCGUCUCAGCGGGGUUUGGUAUCUUUUUGGAUUUUAUUAACGCCAGUUCUGAUUCUGCUUAUCCGUCUGAUUCCUCAUCGAUUCUUGAUACCAGUUCUUAUCAUGGUAAUUUUUGCAAGAAAGAAAAGUUUAUAGGAAAAAAAAAACACUUUAUUACCUCUAUAACCAGUACUUUGUACAUCAUGUUUACCACACAUAGGCUGAUUGUUCUUCUAUUUUGCUUCUGGUCUUUGAUUUAAUUCAUGAAUCAGGGCAUGCAGCAUUAAUGUUUUUACUUUAACGUGUAACAAACUCAGCAGGAGAAGAAGCUUUCUAUCUGUAGUUGGUAUCUGUCGACUCUGGGAGGCUUCUACUUCUUUCACUUUCUCAGAUUUGAGGUUUGACGUUUGUUUUUGUUCGCCACGUGAUCCUGUGACACUCACAGUUUCUAACAUCCAUGAAAUGUGACAUUCUACCUUUCGUAAACCGUUUUUCAUAACUUCAGAGAUGCCAUAAAAGACGUCAGACAGAGGCGCAGUAGUUUCUUGACGACACAAUAACUUUAUAUGCUGCUGUUAAAUAGUUUUUCUCGUGUGUGUGUGUCAGUGAGGAUUUAAAUUCCUGGUAGAAGUGAGGAGACACUUUAUGGAUCCCUACGGGGAUGUUUUUAUUUUCACUUUGCUGACCCUGCCUCUGCAGAGAUCAGCUCAACAGCACCAAGUAUGGACUGAGUGUCUCGCUUCAGAGACCUUCAGCAGAACCCAGAUCUUCCAGAUGAAGCGUUGUCACUGGCAGGUUAAAGGAUAAAUCCACCUUAAAACCCUUUAAUGCAGACAGAGAAGCAGCUCUGAGGGAUGUACUUUGCAUUUCAGGGCUGAAACGUUCGGUUUAAUUUGUGGUUGGAUGUUUGAGAGCAGAAAGUGUCGGAGCAACCUUAAACUGACUCUCCACUGGAUCUGACGGUGUCUGAAAGAAAAUCGUGGUCAACUGAAAUCAUUCCUACUCUUGGACUGGUCGAGAAGAAAGAAAAAAGUCUGCACAAAGUCUGCACUGGGUGUAUUCUACCUGGUGGUCUUAUCAGCUUAAAUGAAUUAUAAAUAAACAUUAAAAACAAACAGACAUAUUAAAAUGUUCCAGUUCUGAUCUGCGUCACGCAUAAAAGUUGAGUAUCUGAGUUUACACUCGUGCUUUUUGGUCAUUUGUUUUUAAAAAUGCAGCCACACAGACGACCUCUUUGACUGAGCAUCAGUUAGUUUGAUCAAACAGAAUAAACAGUCAGGAAAUGUUCUGGACACAAACAUGACUCCAAACCUAUAAUCAUGUUGCUCUGUAACGGCUGAAUGUGCAAAUAAGCAACUGUUUACCAAGUUCACCAUAUUGAUGCAAAAAAAAAAAAAAAGCUGGAUUUGGUGGAAAUGUGCAGCUGAAUAUCACUGGAAAAUGUCAGGUUUCAACAUCAGCUGCUUCAGAUCAAGAGUUUGGGAUUUUUCCAUUUUACUUUCAGCAUUCAUACAGUGGAAGAAUCAGCAGAGAAGAAAAAGAAGAAACAUUUUGUACCAACAGAAGCAAGAAAUAGACCAGAGUGGCUGCAAAAUGAGCAGGGAGUGAAAGGCAUUCUGGGAAACGUAGGCUUCUCCAGCAACUCUCCAGCCAGAAUAAUCCCUGAAAUGCAAAGAACAUCACUGAUUUUUCCACCAGUUCUAUAAGUGACGUCACAUGGUGGAUUUUCCUGUCUGUUGGGACAGUUGAGAGUUUUAGAUUUUAAUCAUGAGUUCAGGUGACGCGUCAGUAACUCUGCUCUCUGCUACAUGUAUUUACAGAUUGAAAUCUUCAGGCCUCUGCGUCUGAGGAAAUGACAGACUAUUCACUGAUUCUAGUGACGUAUAAACACACACACACAUAAAUGCUUUAAACGUAGUUUCAUGUAUUGAAGUUUUGUAUGAGCUAUUUUGUUUAAUAUUCCUACUUUAACACAAAGCGUGUAUGUACUUGUAUCAUUUUUAAAGCUGAAGUAUGACUAUAGUUUUUGUAACACUUGUAUACAGUUUUUCCUUUUGUUCUCACUCUGAGGCCUGAACACCCUGUUUUUCCUUUUCUGCUUGUUGUCGUGCUUCCGAGGACCUAUUAUAAACAAGAGGUUAGUUUAAGAUGAGAUGGUGAAAGUGUUGAGUAAACUUCAAGCAAGAAGAAGAAACGGACAGAACGUUAAAAAGAUUAUUUUGAACGUCUGCAGCGUGAAGUCAUGACGCAAAAAGGCCAGUUUUUAAUUUGUUUUUUAAGAUAAACAGUGUGAGUUUGAUUUUAACAGAAACACUAGUUGUUCUUCUGACCAAACAACGCUUAUUGCUCUUUAAAAUAUUUCCAGUCCUUAAAAUCUCUUUUCACCCUGUGCUGAUCACUAAAAAUAUUUUAACCUGCAGCUGAAAGCUGAUUUUGUGCGACACAAACUGAACCAGUAAUCGUUCAAGUACAAAUCGAUCAGUGACGUUUCUGAUGAACAUCCUCGUGUGGAUUUAGAAGCACAGAUUCACCGUGACAAACUAGUUUGAAUCUUUUUUAAUCCUUCAGCUGAUAAAGUAUUGUUUUCACCCUGAUGGAUCCUCAAAUUCCCUUCAAACUCCCUCUGAAAGUUUUGAAACUCAAACUGUUUUGAGUUGGAAGGAAAUCUUUGAGGAGCUGUUGGAUGAACAAAAUCAAGACGUGUGAUUUUAACAUGAUCAUAAUCUUGAACAUGAGGUGAAUUUGAACAUUUUUAAGCAGUAAUUUGAAAUGAUGCAGGAUUAGAAAUGAAAUUCAUGCGUUGUAACUCUGUGGCUUCUUUCAGGAGCUUUCAGCUGCAUCUCACAGUCAUCUUCAGCAGAUGGUUUGUGCUCAGUUGUUGCCGUUGUUGGCCUUUGUCCUCUGUCCUGACCUUUGCGUCACAGCCAGUGAAAACAACAUCCACCUCCUCACCUCCACUUUGUAACAUAAAGUUUUAUUUUUAUACGCUGCUCACCUAAGAACUGAACCCCCAUAGUUGUUGUUUGGUUUGAGGCUUUCAGAACGGAGACGGAGGAGAAGACUGUGAGGAUUUGUGUAAAAAGACGUGUGUGUGGUCGCACUCGAUGUGUUAGGUUAUCCAGUUAUGUUCGUUUAUUCAACACCAUUAUCCAUUAUAACGUCUUUACAUGUCAGAGCUCUUCCAUUAUUUAUCUGUUUGUGAUGAAGACAGAUGUGAAGGCUGCACAGUUGUUAUUUUUAGAUGCGUUAUCUCUUUAGGUUAAAUCUGGAAAUCCAAUCAGACUCAUGAUUCUGGCAAAUGAGUUCAAUUAAAAUUGGAAAAGUGGAAAUUUGGCCUCUUUCGUCUCAGUAACACACUGCCAAAAUGAACCAUCCAAAAAUCCACUAACACAAGGAGCUAUUUGAUCACAUGUAGGAGACUUCCUGUGCAGCCCUGUCACACUGUCUUCAGUAAAGUUAAUCAUGAGUUUUUGUUGUAUGUUUGCACUACCUGUAAAAUCACCAAGUCAUUACUCAGCCAGUGUUUGUUCCUGCACUUUAAGGCCACCCUGAUUACUGUCCUUUUUACCCUCUGCUUCAUUUAUUAGGCUGAAAAUGCUGUACUACACCCUCUGUUGGAUUAUUCUGUUGAGAAUAAAAUCAAGUGUUUAUA